GCUCAUUUUCGAUUCCGGUCCAAUCCAUCAUUUAGACCUCGCAUCAAAUUGCUACUCCGAUGUAGUGUAGCAUUUUCAUAGUCGAAUGCGAGCGACAAGGGUUUACGGCAUAUUGACCAUAUUAAGUAGGGCUGCUACUAGCUCCCGACGUCGUUUUUACCAACAAGAUAGGAGCAAUAAGCAUUUACGAUGGCUUCUCUCUUCGGCCUCGCCCGGCGAAAUUGGUUAAUUCUUAAUCCACCUCAAGCUUCGAAAUCUGCUACGCCGCUUCGCUUUGGGAUUCUUGGCGCAGCUGACAUCGCUCCGCAAGCUCUUAUUCUCCCAGCAAAAUCUCAUCCAGAUGUAGUAAUUCAGACUGUAGCUGCUAGAGAUCCCAAAAAGGCGAAAACCUAUGCACAGAAGCAUGGCAUACCAGAAGCGGCAACGUCAUAUCAAGACAUACUCGAUGAUUCAAAUAUAGACGCAGUCUAUAUUCCUUUACCAAAUGGGCUGCAUUACGAGUGGGCCCUUCGCGCCCUCAAGGCCGGAAAGCAUGUCCUCCUUGAAAAGCCUUCAGUGAAUAACACAACAGAAGCCGAGGCCCUCUUCAGAAAUCCUCUUCUAGACGGCCCCAAGGCCCCAAUUCUCUUGGAGGCAGCACACUACCUAUUCCAUCCGGCCUGGUCGGCCUUCAUGUCCUACGUUACGCCGGCUGAAGUUGCUAGCGCCAAGGCCGUGAUAUGGGUCCCGAUGUGGAAAUUUGGUGCUGAUGACAUCCGGUAUCGAUACGAUCUCGGAGGAGGUGCGCUUAUGGACCUCGGCGCUUACACGGCUAGUGUUCUAACUCACGUGUUUGGCGGAGUGGCAGAGGAGUGUGAGGAGUCUAUCACGCAGCCGGGACCUACCGAUUCGAAAUGUGACCGUCUGUUUAAGGUGCGAUAUCGAUUUCCCGGUGGCGGACGUGGUGAGAUGGAAGGCGAUUUGAAAGCUCCGCUCGAUCGCCUGUCGCCUGACGUGCACGUAGUGCAUAAUCCUGUCGUAGUGUCUAGCGCAGACGCGGGUGUUAAGGUGCCUGGGGGACAGGAGGUAGUUCGCACGCGCAAGAUCAAGUUCUCAACAUUUGCUCAGCCGACAUAUUUACAUUCCAUUCAGAUCGACGAUGAAUUCAUCAUACGGAAAAUCGGGGACACAUCUGGCCAUGUCAAGAAAUGGACGAGUAGUAAGACCGUGAAGGCUUACUCCUUUAGUGAAGCAGGAAUUGACCAGCCGGGCGAGUCUUACUGGCCAACUUACCGAUACCAACUCGAACAGUUCGUCAACAAAGUCCGCGGACGCGAUGUUCAACAGUGGGUGAGUGGUGAUGAUUCGAUCAAUACUAUGAAGAUGAUCGAUAUGGCAUAUACAACCGCAAAUUUGCCUUUGCGGCCCAUCAGCGAGUAUAAACUGGAUGGUUAAAGUGUAAUGUGUUUGAGGGACAGUCUGUCAUUUUGGGUAUAUAAACGAUGUUGACUUUGUCUAUAAUAUUGAGUUGUGAUAUACAGUAUUGACUUGAAAAUAUGGAGGGAUGUCUUCCUACCUACCUACAUAGCUUUACACAUUCUCCUAGGAAAAUAUAUUCCGUUCAGCAUCCGUAAUGAUACAAUACCAUCCAUGAUUCUAUACAUCAGAAUCGAUGCUUGGUAGUAUUAUAUAAGCGGGACCAUUGUUGUUUA